AUGGUGCAAAGAGUUAUGAGCCGAUUAAUACCUGCGAGUGGCAUCGACGACGUAAAUUGGGAAGUCAAUGUCAUAGACUCCGAAGAAAUGAAUGCCUUCGUCAUACCUGGUGGUAAGGUUUUCGUUUUCACUGGAAUACUGCCGAUUGCUUCAACGGAUGACGGUCUUGCUACAAUUCUUGGCCAUGAAAUUGCGCAUAACAUCGCAAAUCAUUUGGGGGAAUCGAUGAGUAAAACCGCUGUGAUUUAUACACCCUUGCGUAUGCUUUUUCGAUUCCUGGAUGCUACAGGAUAUACUGGAGGUCUAGGGCAAAUAUUCGGGUCUCUUGCACUUGAAUUUGGCAUAAAUUUACCCGCGUCAAGAAGUCAGGAAACAGAGGCUGAUCAUAUUGGGUUGAUGAUCAUGGCAAAGAGUUGUUUUAAUCCCCAAGCUGCAAUUGGCGUAUGGAAGAGGAUGCAGGCAGCAGAAAGGAAUGCGCCCCCUCAAUGGCUUUCAACCCAUCCAUCGAAUACCAAUCGAAUAACGCAAAUGCAAGAGUGGAUGUCCAAAGCAGAGGCUGCAAGAGCCGAAAGUGGAUGUGCAUCCACCAUGGAAAAUUUCAAUGACUUUCGGACUACAUUUGGCGGACUUUGGUGA